AUGUCCGACCUAACGUGCGCUUCUCCUGAUCAGCAAGACUUUCUAGCCAGUCGAAACUUGGCGAUCUCUCAAUUCGUCGACGUCAUCGCCGCCAUUAUAACACUAUUCUUGACCUAUCCAGCUAUCCACUUAGUACUCCAUAAAUCAGUAUUCCAAUGGUCGACUAAGCUUUUGCUCCUCCAAAAUUUGAUCUACGCAGUGUUAUACCAGUUAUCUUAUAGUCUAGAGGCGAUUCUCGUGUUGUAUAAGCACUUUUUCAAAUUGGGCGAAGUUUGUGAUUACCUACAAACCGAGGCGCAUUGUGCACCCUAUCUGGAAUUUAUGUUGACCGCUACCAGUGGUAUGAUCUACGGGCAGACAGGUCUAAUGGUGGAAAGAGUCUUCGCCACAUUUCUACCCGACUACACCGGAAGGAAAACCAUCCGUGUAUCGUGUACUAUUCUCAUUUUGGUAUUCGUUUGUAGCUCGAUAACCGGAAAAUUGUUAAUAUGGGAUGACCCGUUGGAUGGUGCCCUACUUGCGUGUUUUAUGUUCCCUAGAGCCAGUGCCGCCAGGUCGAGUAUCUACUUUUGUGUCUGCUCUUUUCUGGUGUUAUUCAAUUUUGCAGUUUCCUUGUUGUUGAGGCGGUAUAACACAAGAUUGGAAUACUCGUAA